AUUUUAUUUGUUUUGUGAGUUUGACGUUAUUAAAGUAGGCUACGAAAGAGGGAACGGAUAAAGGGAGAAAUAGAGAGUCUAGUACGUUAACCAGAGGGCGGUGGCAUUUCUCUCUCUCUCUGCGUAAACGCAGAGAGUGGAGAAGGAGAGAGCGCACGGAGAGAAGAGCAGAGCUCAGUGGCGAGGCAGCAGUGCCGCUGACACGAGUGAAGGGGCCCCGUGGUUAUUUCCACCAGCUCUCUCUUCUCACAGCUUAACCUGCGCCUUUUCAGACGGACUUAGGCAUCGGGACUAGAGGCUGUACACCCACCCGCCUUUGGUUUUGGACUCGUUUGAUUAAUCAGCAGACCCUGUGGUGGACGGAGGAGGAGGGGGGGUCUCAUUUCCCCCACCGUGGACCGAGGAGUUUUGUGUUUUUAUGUGUUUUACGCGUUGCUUGUAAUGGGGAAAAGUGAACAGAGAAGUGGAAUAGGACACGGGGGUUGCAGCUUGGUGAGGAUGUGCGCCACGCCGGGGAUCCUGGUUCUCCUGGUGCUCGUACACCGAGGAGUCGCCCAAGUGAGAGAUGAUGAUGAUUUCCUGAGUCUGAGCGAACUCCCGGAAACUUUCCCCUCCGACCCUCCGGAGCCCUUACCUCACUUCCUGUUUGAACCUGAGGAAGGCUACAUUGUCAAGAAUAAACCUGUCAAUCUCUACUGCAAAGCAACGCCUGCCACACAGAUUUACUUCAAGUGCAACAGCGAGUGGGUCCAUCAGAAAGACCACACUGUGGAAGAGAGAGUGGACGAAAACUCAGGUCUGGUGGUAAGAGAAGCCAGUAUAGAAAUUACACGACAGCAGGUGGAGGAGCUGUUUGGUCCUGAAGAUUACUGGUGUCAGUGCGUGGCCUGGAGCUCCGCUGGGACCACCAAAAGCCGCAAGGCACACGUCCGCAUUGCAUAUCUGAAGAAGUCAUUCGAACAGGAACCCCUGGGAAAGGAAGUAUCUCUGGAGCAGGAAGUGCUGUUACAGUGUCGCCCUCCGGAGGGCAUACCAGCUGCUGAGGUGGAGUGGUUGAAGAACGAAGAGAUAAUUGACCCAGCAGAAGACAGAAACUUCUACAUCACCAUCGACCACAACCUGAUCAUCAAACAGGCGCGUCUGUCUGAUACGGCCAACUACACGUGUGUGGCUAAGAACAUAGUGGCCAAAAGACGAAGCACUACAGCGACUGUUAUUGUUUAUGUGAACGGUGGUUGGUCGACAUGGACGGAGUGGUCGGUGUGUAACAACCGUUGUGGACGGGGCUUCCAGAAACGAACCCGCAGCUGCACUAACCCCGCCCCUCUCAACGGAGGACUGCCUUGUGAUGGACAGGCCAUACAGAAACUGCCCUGUACCACACUGUGCACUGUGGACGGUGUGUGGACAGAGUGGAGUAAGUGGUCGGCCUGUGGGACAGAGUGUACCCAGUGGAGAAGGAGGGAGUGCAACAACCCAGCACCAAAAAACGGAGGGAAGGACUGUGAGGGGCUGGUACUCUUGUCUCAGAACUGUACUGACGGACUCUGUAUGCAAAGUUCAUUUUUUCAGAAGUCCACAGAGCCCAAAGAACAGAGUGAUUUGGGAAUCCCAUCUGCUCCAAGUACAGAUGAUGUGGCGCUGUAUGUGGGCAUCGUCAUCGCAGUUAUUAUGUGCCUGGUCAUCUCUGUCAUCGUGGCGCUGUUUGUCUACCGCAAGACACACCGUGACUUUGACUCGGACAUCAUUGACACCUCAGCGCUAAAUGGGGGCUUCCAGUCUGUUAAUAUCAAAACAGCCAGAUCAGCUGAUCUACUGACAGCUCCUCCUGACUUGACAAAUGCAGCUGCCAUGUAUCGUGGUCCGGUGUAUGCCCUCCAUGAUGUUUCAGAUAAAAUCCCAAUGACCAACUCUCCUCUCCUGGACCCUCUUCCCAACUUGAAGAUCAAAGUCUACAACUCUUCUGGUCUGGUCACACCACAGGAUGACCUCGGAGGAGACUUCACAUCCAAACUAUCUCCUAAGGUAACUCAGUCUCUGUUGGAUAACAGCGACACCAUGAACCUUCGCAACCAGAGCUUGGCCCGAACACGGGACCCUUCCUGUACCGCUCACGGUUCCUUCAACAACCAGGGAGGACACCUCAUUGUACCCAACUCUGGCGUGAGUUUGUUGGUUCCAGCGGGUGCUGUUCCUCAGGGUAGGGUGUAUGAGAUGUAUGUGACUGUGCACAGGAAGGACAGCUUGAGGCCCCCGGUAGAGGACAUCCAGACAGUGCUGAGCCCAGUGGUGAGUUGUGGACCUCCAGGAGCCCUGCUGACCAGACCAGUGAUCCUCACCAUCCACCACUGUGCUGACAACGUCCAGGAAGACUGGCUCAUACAGCUGAAGAACCAACUGACCAUGGGAGAGUGGGAGGAUGUGGUUGUAGUGGGAGAGGAAAACUUCACCACCCCCUGCUAUGUACAGAUGGACUCGGAGGCAUGUCACAUCCUAACAGAGACUCUGGGGACUUACUGCCUGGUGGGCCAGUCAGUCUGCAAGGCAGCCGCCAAGAGGCUCAAACUGGCUGUUUUUGGACCCGUCUCAUGCACAACUUUGGACUAUCACAUCAGGGUCUAUUGCCUGGAUGAUACACAGGAUGCACUCAAGGAGGUUCUUCAGAUGGAGACCCAGAUGGGAGGGAAGCUUCUGGAUGAGCCAAAGACUCUGAACUUUAAAGACAGCACACACAAUCUGAGACUGUCAAUCCACGACGUGCCACACACACACUGGAAGAGCAAACUCCUCGCAAAGUAUCAGGAGAUCCCAUUCUAUCAGGUGUGGAGUGGCAGUCAGAGAACUCUUCACUGUACCUUCACCCUGGAGAGACUGAGCUCAGCCACCACAGAGAUCAGCUGCAAACUGUGUGUGCGGCAGGUGGAAGGAGAAGGACAGAUCUUUCAGCUCAGCAACACAUUGGAGGAGGAGGUCCAGUGCAUAGACACGUCCCUGAUGGACCCAGCCAGUAAUAUCACAACCUUAGUGGGGCCCAAUGCCUUCCGCAUUCCUUUAUCCAUCAGACAGAAGCUGUGUGGCAGUCUAGAUGCACCACAGACCAGAGGCAAUGACUGGAGGAUGCUGGCCCACAAACUCAACCUUGACAGGUACCUGAACUACUUUGCCACCAAGUCCAGUCCAACAGGUGUGAUCCUGGAUCUCUGGGAGGCCCAGCACUUCCCUGAUGGAGAUCUAAAUGAAUUGGCUGCUGUGCUGGAAGAGAUGGGUCGUCAUGACAGUAACCUAGCCUCCAUGACAACGGAACACUGACGAAACAACGUGGUUACCAUGACAAUGACAGAACUCUGGAGAUGAUUACACGUGAAUUCUCUACGGUUGAUACUGCAGCAAGGGCAAUGAACGAAUUAGAUGGGAGCAAAAGAAAAGUCUACGCCAUAGUGAUCGAGCAUGGUAAUCAUGCCGACAUGGUAACAGACAAUCGAGGAAGUGCUCGAGCGGGUGCUGGAACUAUGUGUGUAUCUUUGUGUGUUUAUUUGAGCAACGUUGCGGUGUCGUUUGUGACCGAAGGAGAGAUAACCCAUCCUACAACACAAACAGUGUCUAUCAGGAACAAACAAAACAUACACACACCUAAAAAAAAAAAAAAAAAGAAAAAGAAAAAAAAAAGACCUUAUCCAGUGUACCACUAGUUGUUCUCUUGCUGUUACUUUAUACUGAACAAAGAGAAGCAGAGAAAAGAAAAAAGAAACAACAAGAGGUACUGACCUUGAAAACCUCUAUAGGAAUGGAACAGAAUCAUAAAGGUAGGAAGCUAAACUGAUUACAAAAGGGAAGGAGAAGGUAGAGUGGGGAAAAAGAGAGAGUGACUUAGAGACAAGGCUCUUUAGUGACACAAGAGUAAACACAGAGAGAAGCUAAACUGAUUACAAUAGGGAAGGAAGACGUAAACAUAAAAUGAUGGAAGAAGCUGCAGGUGAUCAUCUGUAAGAGCAGGAUGGAAAACAGAUAAUGAGAGCGGGGAGAUAACCCACUCUUCUCUUGUGAGCCUUGUGAGCUGUACAUGUUUGCCAGUACAGUUUGUUGUCUUUAUAUCGUUUCCUAGGGAACGCUCUAUGUAUUCUGCUGUCCAUAUGUGUGGAUCAUUUCCUGCUAACAGAAUUUGCUACACAGUGACUGUCAAUCAAGGAUCCUGACCAGAAACAAGCCCGAAACCACGGAUUUCCCUUUUUGGCUGACAUCAUAAGUGACAUCAUAAGUUUAAAUUUGUGUUAAAUUGAGUUUGUGGAUUUCCUCCAAAAUGCGUGAAGAUAUUAAAUCAUCCAGGUCACAGGAAAUGUAUAAGUACUAAGUCAAAGGCAACUGAACUUGCUGUCCACUUGCCUUUUCACUUGUGCCUCUAAUUUUCGUAAAGAAGCCAAUCGAAGGUGAUUACACCUCUGAUGGAUGAAAGUAAAAACUUAUUUUUUGUUUGCCAUUUUUAGUAGUGUAUGGUUGUGACAGACUUGUGAAAUUGUCUGUUUUGAGGUAUAUGUAAGAUUGCACUUAUGAUAAACAGAUAAACAAGGCAGAGAAUUCAUUCUCAUGCACAGUAUAUUACAGUACAGUGUACUAAUAUGCUUGUUUUAAAGGGGUAUGCAUAAGCACACAGCAAAAACCUUUCUGCACUUGGAGGUUCACCACAAGCCAUUGUAAAGCAUUGAAACGAGGAUCUUCAAGCUACAAAUGCAUCUCAAACUAAAAUCAAGUGUUAGCAUGCUAUCUGCAGUAAUGCUGCUGCUCUAUUCCUCCCCAAAGAGGAGUUGAGAGUGAUGCAGGGUGGAGAAUGCAAGCCAUGGCUACCACAUUUGGUUUACCACAACCUCAAAUCCAGGAGUUUCUCUGAUAGGCUGUUGAGGCUUGUUUCUGGACAGGGUCCAACUCAGAGAAAAGAGAGAGAAAGCAAAAGGGUAUGAACUUGAAGUGAAAACACGUGUGAACACACAAGUGUUUUUAAAUUAAGUAAUAUACAAAGUACCAUAGUAUUAUGUGAUAGUGAAUUAAAUACAGCUGAUAACAUUCAUUGCCGCUAAAUGUAUCCAAUAUACAGAUUUUAUCAAUCAUAUUUUAAUUUACUAAAAUAUAUAUAGCCUACAUAACUAUUUAUAUAGAUAUAUAUUUAUAUCUAUAUAGAUAUAGAUAUAUCUAUAUAAUAUAAUAUAAUCUUUCAUAUUUUCGGUGUCCCAUCAUCACAGGAUGUCAGUUGUGUUAUCUGCCGUCAGGCCACAUGUGAUUUCAUUUGUGAUCAUCACCAUGACUUUGCUGGUCAUUAGCACCAUCCAGUGGCUUUAGAAGAAUAACAGCAUUUACGUUUUUUUUAAUCGUCUGAAAUGUGUAAAUACAUAAUUAUCAUGUUCAUUUUAAUGACCUGUAUUAGCAUAAUAUUUUUUCCAGUGGUCAUUAUUGUGUUAUUUCAUUAACAUUUUUUUGUUGCCAUUUUAAUGUUUUUAGGUGGUGGGAUAAAAUCUGUAACAUAUCAGUUAGUUGCCCUUUAUCUAAAACAAUGUUCUGUCAGCAACUAACAUUCCAACUCAUGGUGUAUUUGUUGAAAAAGUUGUGAUUUAGAGCUAAAAGUCAGGAUACCAACUGAAGGGGCCUAUGUAAAAUGGAGUGUAAUAUAUUUGUGUUUUGCAGAACAUCGCAGAGAACCAAGUCUGGCUUUCAAAUGUACGCGCUGACUCAGGUCAACGGUGUCUGAUGAAAAAUGUGCAACUCCAACAAGCCAGCUUUGAAGAAAGACAAGCAGCCUUAUUUGUAGUGGCUUUAGUGACAACAUGAACAUUCAGUUUAAAGAAAAACCAUGUAAACUAUUCAAAAUAUGGAGUUGAGAUAUUUCUGCUCUGAACUAUGGAGAGACGCCAUAUGAAACUAAACAUCAGCUAUGUAGAGGACAUACUGAAGAGGAUAUUGUAAAGAAAUCCAAGUAGGCUGACAAACAAAGGCUGAUUAACACCAGUACUAAAGGUCAGAGCUUUACCUCUUCGUGACAGAUUUCAUCUCAUGGUUGUCCACGCAGAAGGGAACCUUGAGACACUGAUUUUUCUUUCUUUGUUUAGUCGGUCAGAAAUAUGCCAGUUAAAAAUCGGACCUCUUGUAUCAAUGUAAAACCAGACGUAGUGGACACGGACGUCUCAAAAUUCAGUAUGUUUUAAUUUUGAAAGGCCUUAUUAAACAAAUUAGAAAAGGUGUUUGGUUAAAUGACAGUGCAUGUUUUGUAUGUUUUCAAAUGUAACUGCUGAUGUCAGAUGUGAGGAAAUCAAAGGGAAGAGUUGUGUACAUUUUGGGGAUAAAAGCCUAAAACAUCAAGUUUGUUUCAGAACAAAGUAUGAACCCAAAGGUCAUGACAGUGUCUCUUUCAUACAAUGUAAACAUCAACAUUUCUUAUUAACUCAAAUGCAGAAUACAAGAUCAAAUUUUAACCGAUGGAGCGUGCGCAAGGAAACAAUCGGUUAAGAAAUGAAAGUUACCAGUUACUGUGCAACUUCACCCAAAAUCAAAUCUUUGCCAUGUUCCAAGUCUACAGUUUACCAGCAGGAUAGACUGUUUGUUAAUGGAGUAGACUGAAAAGGGGAGUUUUCAUAUGAGGAGAGCAAAUGUAGGCCUCCAGAACGUGAACCUUUGUGAUGUGAAAAUGAAGAAAGUAGUGUUAAGAUAUCAAAGUAUGUAAAAAUCUUUUCUAUCCACGGUAUGUACAGUUGUGUACUGUGAGCUAUAUUUGGCAAAUUUGAGAAUAUAAAAAAAGAGCAGUACAGUUAGAUACUAGUUUGUAUGUUUCAAGUUUUUUUUAUUUAAGUUUCUUUCCUUUUUUGUAAAAGCAGUGUCUACUAUGCAAACUUGGCAUUGGUUAUCAUGAUAGAAGUCUAUAACUAGAGCUGUGCUUGUGAGUGCAUUUUUAUUUUACUAUUGGGGGUGAUUUGAUUUGAUUAGUGCGGGGUAGUGUUGGUCCAUUUUAGCUAAUUCUGGCACGCUUCAUGAAUCUUGCUCAAUCUUGCUGAAUGCUCGCCUCUCUAUCUCCUCUAAUUGUUUUCUGUACAAAGUGUAAGAAAGAAUUUUUAAGACAAUUAAUAAAUUAUAUUUAUAAGCAA